GUUGGCUGCCGCCUGAUGGGUAGAGGAGGGAGGAGUGAAUUCUCUUCAGUGUGUUCUGACGGCGCCGAAGUCCAGAAACCAUAUUACAGGUACAUGUGACAGCACUGCAGCUAUGAGUGGAAUCUUAAAGAGGAAGUUUGACGACAUCGACUUCUCCUCAACCUGCUCUUCUGUGCGAGAAUCAGAUGAUGUUGUUUCUAGCUCUGACCAUGCCGAAUGUGUUGAUAGUGUCUAUCUGUCCACAUCUAAUCAUUUUACCAGUACAUGUGACAGCGCUGCAGCUAUGAGUGGAAUUUUAAAGAGGAAGUUUGAAGAAGUUGACGGCUCCUCGCCCUGCUCCUCUGUGCGGGAAUCAGAUGAUGAAGUUUCCAGCAGCGAAAGCGCUGACAGCGGGGACAGUGUCAAUCCGUCCACUUCCAGCUGCUUCCCCCCAUCCUCCAUUCUCAAGAGGGAGAAGCGGCUGAGGACAAAGAAUGUCCAUUUCAGCUGUGUCACCGUGUACUACUUCACGAGGAGGCAGGGCUUCACGAGCGUGCCCAGUCAGGGGGGCAGCACCCUGGGUAUGUCCAGCCGCCACAACAGCGUGCGCCAGUACACCCUGGGCGAGUUCGCCAGGGAGCAGGAGAGGCUUCACCGCGAGAUGCUGAAAGAACACCUCCGGGAAGAGAAGCUGAACUCUUUAAAACUAAAGAUGACUAAGAAUGGCACAGUGGAGUCAGAAGAAGCUAGCGCCCUCACGGUGGAUGACAUUUCUGAUGAUGAUAUUGAUUUAGACAACACAGAAGUAGACGAGUACUUCUUCCUGCAACCCCUGCCAACGAAAAAGCGAAGAGCGCUGCUGAGAGCCUCUGGAGUUAAAAAGAUUGAUGUGGAAGAGAAGCACGAGCUGCGAGCCAUCCGCCUGUCGCGGGAGGACUGUGGCUGUGACUGCAGAGUGUUCUGCGAUCCAGAAACAUGUACUUGCAGCCUGGCAGGCAUUAAGUGUCAGGUGGAUCGGAUGUCUUUCCCCUGUGGCUGCACUAAAGAAGGGUGUAGUAACACAGCAGGUAGAAUUGAAUUUAAUCCUAUCCGUGUCCGGACUCACUUUUUGCACACAAUAAUGAAACUCGAACUGGAGAAAAACCGAGAGCAGCAAAUCCCCACACUGAACAGCUGCCAUGGGGAGAUAAGCGCACACAGUAGUUCCGUGGGCCCUGCCACUCACUCCGUAGAAUAUUCCAUCGCAGACAGUUUUGAGAUUGAAACUGAGCCCCAAGCUGCAGUGCUGCACCUGCAGUCUGCUGAGGAAUUAGACUGCCAAGGAGAGGAGGAUGAAGAGGAGGAGGACGGGAGCAGCUUUUGCAGUGGAGUCACCGAUUCUAGCACGCAGAGCUUGGCACCUAGUGAGUCGGAUGAGGAGGAAGAGGAGGAAGAGGAAGAGGAAGAAGAGGAGGAUGAUGAGGAUAAAAGAGACAGCUUUGUGGAAGGUUUGGGCACGCAUGCUGAUGUGGUGCCUCUUCCUUCAGUCCUUUGUUAUUCCGAUGGCACUGCUGUCCAUGAAAGCCACACAAAAAAUGCUUCUUUUUAUGCCAACUCUUCAACUCUCUACUACCAAAUAGAUAGCCACAUUCCAGGAACACCUAGCCAGAUCUCUGAGAAUUAUUCCGAAAGAGAUACUGUCAAGAAUGGUACCCUUUCAUUGGUGCCUUACACCAUGACCCCAGAGCAAUUCGUUGACUAUGCCCGACAAGCAGAAGAGGCCUAUGGUGCCUCCCAUUACACAGCUGCCAACCCCUCUGUGAUUGUUUGCUGCUCUUCUUCCGAAAAUGAUAGUGGAGUGCCCUGCAGUAGUUUAUAUCCUGAACACAGGUCUAGUCAUCCUCAAGUGGAAUUUCACUCAUACUUGAAAGGUCCUUCCCAGGAAGGGUUUGUUUCCACAUUGAAUGGUGACAGUCACAUUUCGGAGCAUCCUGCUGAAAAUCCUUUGAGCCUUGCAGAAAAGAGCAGAUUACACGAAGAGUGCAUCAAAUCACCUGUGGUUGAGACUAUUCCUGUUUAAUAGCUUAAAUUAUUCUGUUAUAGGACCAACUCUUCUAUUUAAGGCACUGCAUUUAAUUGGAUUUCCUGGGCUCAUCAUUGUUUAAACAGAAGACCGAAAAAAUUUGGACUGUGAUUAAUCUUCCAGACUGUAUUUUGUUUUCUCCUUUUUAGCUACAUGACUGUGGCAUUGCACGAAUACAGUCACUAUUGGGGGAUUUUAAAAGAUUUCAGACUGUUUUGAUAGAAAAUGCUACAUUUUAAAGAUGCAUAUCUCACAGUUGCCUACCUGUCAAACUGUGUGAAACCUGCCAAGCUGUGCAGAUCAGAGCUCCACGUUUUGGAUUAUCGGGCCUGUGCAAGAUUGUUAAUUAAAACUGCAAAAUAAUAAGAAUUAGAGUCCUAAUUUUCAAUAUAUCUGAAGAUGAUGGUGACUUUUUAAUGUAAAAGUAAUUAUUGUAAGAAAAAGAUUUAAUUGUUUCAUGUGUAUUUUAUUUAUGGUAGCUUAGAAGUCAUGUUUUGAUGAAAAUGAACAGCAGCAUGUUCAUGCAAGCUGAAGAUGCAGAGUGAGGACCACAGAGCAUGCCCACAUGGAUUUCAUCUGGAAUCCACUCAUGUUUUUACAAUCCUGACUGUUCAGGUUUGCAAAUACUUUCUUAAGGGUGAAAUAGGCCUAUUUUUGCUAUUUUGGACAAAUAAAUGAGUCUAUAUGUGCAGGUCCUUACCCAGUUUUUGCUAGAGUUAAGAGUUAGGACAAUCCUCCAGGGAGGGUCCAGUGAAUUGCCCUCCCUCAGCUGACUUCCAAGGUGGAGGUAGAAGGAAUUGCCUUUCUUUUUAAAUAGCAUCAUCUUGGUUCUUAGUCUGGACAGCACCUUUAAACUCUACCCCCUACAUCAAAAUGCACUUUAGUGCCCCUUCACGGUACCUCGUGUGGGGUGGGGACUGAGAACUCUUUGAGAUGAAAAACUUUUAAAAUUAAAAAAAAAGAUCUGAAACUAUUCUAAGGUUCAUACAUACAGUUAACAUAGAGGAAUCAUCCAGUGACACUUGUGAAGGAAAAGUGACAUGUUUUCCUUCACCACUUAGAGGACCUAACUCAGUAAACAAACGCAAGGAGGCUGCGGCAACACGAAAGAGACAUUCUCAGCAAGCAGCCUUUUCUGCAACGUGAUCGGUCCAUCUCUACAAAUAAAUGUAUAAUGACAUUUCCACUUAGUGACAAGCUGAUUGAAGGGUGGCCUCUACCAAAAUACUCUUCUAGGCCUUACUUUUCUGAAGCAUUUUGAUUUGUCUUGCCUGGGACAAUUAGCAGAACAGUCCAGAAUGCAUUGCAUACUCUAAUUACCUCAUGUUCUCUUAUUAAAGAGAGCAGAUAGAAAUAAAACAUGCACUCUCCACCUUUAGAUUACCUGCACUUAGUUCACCAGAGGACUUCUAAGAACCCUUUUUCCUGUAAAUUAAUUUAGCUAACAAAAUAGUGUGUUCUACUUUCCACCUUGCCAAUUGCAAUAUGACUAUGCUAAAUCUGUUUCACAUUUUUGACCUCUUGUUAUAUCAUUUCACAUGUUUUAUGACUAUUUGAAAUGUGUACAUGCCUUGCUAUUGAGUGAUUGCAUCGCUACUUAUUUUUUAUGUCUUUUAGAUUUGGGUAUUUAGAAAUACAGAUAUAAAUAUAUUGUACAUCUCAGUUCCUUAAAAAUUCUAUGUUAUUUGAUUGAAUUUUUUAAAAAUGUUAGAUUUGGAGAAAGUCCUCCAAUGGAAAAGUUUCUAGUAGAACUUGAUGUGGAGAAAACAUGCUUCCUUGGCAGCUCUUCCAUGGUGUAGUUGGUUCUUGCCCCUUUUCCCCCAUCUCUGGGCCAAGGUUGUAACCAUUAAUAUUCACAUGAAAGAAGCUUUGGAUUCGUCAAGGUGUAGGCAGCGGUAAUGAGGUCAGGAAUGUUCCAUUUUAAUGAUUAGCCAAGGAACCUUACAAUUACAGGUUUUAGUGCUUGAUCUCCAGGAUUGUUUUUACUCUCUCUUACCAAUACAAUGUAAAGAGCACAGGCACAAAGAAAAAAAUAACAAGAGGUUAUUGGCUCUUCACUUAAGCAUAUGCAAAAAAAUCAUGUGUUCCUCAUUUGCUGGGCUACUACAGGUUCUGGAAGAAGCUACAUAUGAAGAGCUCUAAGGUUAUUCAUGGAACACAGGGUGUGGGAGAUAAGGGGCAGAGCUAACUGGCUAGAGUAAAGUUGAAAGGUAAUAUGCCAGUCCACUUUCUGAAUAGAUAGACAUUUUAAUUUUAGUUCAGCUUUUUGUUUUUCUCAAGAUGGUGACUUUUUUAUAUCUUGGGAUGCCACUGUUCAUUCUGUGGUUUUGUUUACAAAAGGAUACUGACAAAACUGAGCUUUGUUGCCUCUAUCUGUCUGUAAUUGGGUGACAAAGAUAAUGCCUUACUAAGUAUUAGCCAUCCAACCGUAAGAACUUCUGUUUUAAAUUUUCAUAGACCUAAGUAAACCUUCAACAUCUCCUACAAAUAAAUACACAGGAUGCCCAUGAAAAAACCCUCGAGUAUAACUGUACCUAAACCACACACACACAUACACACACACACACGCACGCACGCACGCAUGCACGCACGCACACACACACCAAGCACAUGCAUACAAGAAUACCACAAACUUGACAAUGACAGACAUUAGGCAAUAUCCAUUAAUUAACGAAUUGUCCUACUCUAAAAUUUGGUCUGGUUUUAUGAUCUAAAAAUAUGGUCUAGACAAAAGGAUAAUUUUUAAAGCUGUAGUUUGAAAAUAUUGGGUCAGUACUGCAAAUAAUGCUAGUGAUGGAAUCAUUUUGUUGUGACUUCCUUUCCCAGAAGAACUGAGAGAGCAUAGUGUUCCAUCUGAAUUUUCCUGUUAAUAGCCCUCCACUCAACAAAAAUUGCCCACAUUCCAGGAAAGUGCUACAGUUAUUCUAAGCUU